AUGUGCAAAACAGUCGUGCAAAGAAAUAAGCCAUCAUCCCAUGAAGCCAGUGCAGAGGAGCCAGCCCAGGAGUUACAUGGUGAAGCUUGGCAAAGCCAAACAAGUCUUCAGGUUGAUGAUAGGUUAAGCAGCUACAAGCACUUGCCAGAUGAGAAUCCAGCAGGGCUGAAAGAUGACAGAGACUGUGCAGUGGCUGGAUCUCAGCAGGGUUCAACAUCAAGCAUUACCAGUGCUAUUGUUAAUGAGCGCCUCCAGGAAUUGGUUAAACUCUUUAAAGAACGAACGGAACAGGUCAAAGAAAAGCUUAUUGACCCUGAAGCAUCCGAGGAUGAGGGAAGCCCAACUGCAUCACCCUCGAAGGCGGCUCCGGCAGCUCCUGCCCCACCUCCAGAGGAGAAAAAGGAGGAGGAAGAGAAGGAGGAGGAGCACUACUGUGAAAUGAUGUGCUGCCGGUUUAAAACAAGACCUUGGCUCAGGCGAAUCAAAUCCGUGGGACUUCCAUCCAGCGUUGAUCCUUUCAGCAACCCUCUGUAUGUUCUGUGGUUGUCCAUCGUGGUAUUAGCCUGGAACUGGAAUGUUUGGUUAAUCCCCGUGCGCUGCACCUUUCCCUACCAAACACCCGAUAACAUCCAUCUAUGGCUAUUAAUGGAUUAUUUCUGUGAUCUGAUUUACCUGACGGACAUGAUUGUUUUCCAGUCUCGUCUCCAGUUUGUAAAAGGAGGAGACAUUAUAACAGCACGGAAGCUUAUGAGAGAAAACUACCUCAAAACCCAGAAAUUUAAAAUGGACUUGGUGUCCCUUUUGCCUUUGGAUAUUUUGUACCUUAAACUAGGUUUCAGAGUAUUGCUGAGAGUACCACGCCUCUUGAAGUACAUGACCUUUCUUGAAUUUAAUGAUCGACUGGAAGCAAUAAUGAGCAAGGCUUAUAUUUACAGAGUGAUAAGGACGACAAUAUACUUACUGUAUAGUCUCCACAUAAAUAGUUGUCUAUACUAUUGGGCAUCUGACUAUGAGGGCAUUGGAUCCACAAAGUGGGUUUAUGACGGUGAGGGGAACAGUUAUAUGAGGUGCUAUUACUGGGCUGUGAAGACUCUGAUUACAAUCGGAGGGCUACCUGACCCAGAGACAGUGUUUGAAAUUUUCUUUCAGCUUGUCAACUACUUCAUGGGAGUCCUCAUCUUCUCUAUCAUGAUCGGCCAGAUGAGAGAUGUGGUGGGUGCAGCUACUGCGGGACAGACUUACUAUCGAACCUGUAUGGAUAACACCGUGAGAUAUAUGAAUUUGUACAAAAUUCCUCGAGGUGUCCAGACCCGGGUGCGGAAGUGGUAUGAAUUUACCUGGGAGUCACAAGGAAUGCUGGAUGAAACCGAGCUAUUGGUACAGCUCCCUGACAAAAUGAGACUGGACAUCGCCAUUGAUGUCAACUACAGCAUUGUCAGUAAAGUCGCACUCUUCCAGGGCUGUGACAGACAGAUGGUUUACGACAUGCUGAAGCGACUCAAGUCAGUUGUGUAUCUGCCUGGAGACUACGUUUGUAAGAAGGGAGAGAUUGGGAGAGAAAUGUACAUCAUUAAAGCUGGAGAGGUCCAGGUUGUUGGUGGCCCUGAUGAUAAGACUGUGUUCGUGACUCUGCGAGCAGGCUCCGUGUUUGGUGAGAUCAGUUUGCUGUCAGUGGGAGGCGGGAAUCGGCGGACUGCAAAUGUUGUCGCUCAUGGAUUUGCAAAUCUUUUCAUCCUCGACAAGAAAGACUUGAAUGACAUUCUCAUCCAUUAUCCGGAUUCUCAGAAACUGCUCCGAAAGAAAGCUAAAAAACUUCUUUCUAAAGAUGGUGGAAAAGCAGUAAAGCCAGAACCAAAAGGAUUCCAGCACAUCAUCCCACCCAGACCUGAGACUCCUAAAUUAUUUCUCGCAGCCCUCUCAGUAGCAGGGAAGUAUGGAAUCAAAGGAACAUUCUCUCUUAUUAAGAAGAAACUUACGGAAUCUGCCAGCAUGCAGCCUAUCCCACAACCUCCUCCCUCUCCUGUUCAUCGCCGGUCACCUGUUUUGGUAAAAAAGCCGGAGGACGUUGAUGAUGAUGAGGUUAUUUCAGAAACAAUGGAUUCCUCUGUCACGAUCAAGAUGUCUCCACAUGAUGGGUUAGAAGAACAAAUACUGUCCGUGGAGGUUCCAGACGUAGAAGAAAAGUCAGAAAAGUGAUACUGCUUUGGACUUACAUUUUGUUUUGUUAAAAGUAGCAGUUAAGAGUAAGCUUCAUAAGUUAUUAAGAAUUAGGCUCACAGCGAUUUGCAUCUUUAAAAACAAAGCAGUUGCAUUUAUUCAGUAUAUUUCACAUCUCAGGAUGAACCAAAGUGCUUUACAGUUAAUUAAGAAAUUUUUGAAGCGUAGUGACUGUCAUGAUUUGGAAACACACAGCAUAAUCUGUUUUAGGUGUUGGUUUGUGCUAAAUCUAUUAGGGAAAGCCCAACACAAAUGUCUUCUGCAGUUGCUAAAAUAGUUACAUAUUUUACCAUGUAAAACUACCUGUGUCUGUGCAAAGGAGAUCCUAAAAAUACACUUAGGAACAUAUACAUCACAUCUGACCUUUGCACCUCAUAUAAAGCCAUUUCUAAAUCUGAUUCAUCAAUGGAUAUAUUCAUAAAAACAAUUCAUGUACUUGGACAUUUCACUUCAAUUACCUUAUCCACAUUCAGAUAUAUACAAACGUGUAUAUUGCACAGCAGAAAUGCCAUACACAAAGGGAUACAGGAUGUGUGUGUGUGUGUGUGUGUGUGUGUGUGUGUGUGUGUGUGAGAGAGAGACAGAGAGUCAGUCAUUGGGGCGCUGUCAUGACAAGCUUUUUGCACCUAUCUUUUUGGUAAUUGCUCAUCAUACGGUGUGUCUUGGGCUGAAACCUGCAGCCCAUCCCUCUCCAGGUUUUUGAGCCGGCUGGAUUCAAGUCUUCGAGUCUUUGCUCCGAAGGCUGGCGCUGAUGCCACUAUGCCACCAGCUGGACUUGUCCAUGGUGUUGGCAGUUAAAAAGUACACAGAACUUAAUUACCUACGGAGCUCUUCAUAAAUAUGACUCACAUGUACUAAACAGCAACAUUAACAUAAACAUAAACAGGGCUUCAAUAAUAUCAACUCAUAUAAAGUGAAAUCAAGCAACAUAGGUGUCAACAGGGCUUCGCUCCCAGAUCAGCUCAAUGCCUUCUAUGCUCACUUUAACUGUCAAAAUAUGGAGGAACCUUCACAAACUCCCACAGCCACCGAUGACCUUGUGAUUUCCGUCUCUAAGCCAAUGUGAGAGCUUCCUUCAGGUUAACCCACGGAAUGCAUCCAACUCAGAUGGGAUACCUGACCAAGUACUAAGGACCUGUACAGUUCACUGAGAUCUUUAACCUCUCACUUUAGCAACCUGAGGUACCACCUGCUUCAAGCAGUCUUCAAUUAUACCGGUGACUAAGAAGAACAUGGUAAUCUGCCUCAAUGACUACCAUCCAAUAUCAAUUACAUACACGAUGAUGAAGUGCUUUGAGAGUUGAGUGAUAAAACAUAUCAACUGCUGUGGACCUGUUGUGCUAGUGGGCAAAUUGGAGCGGAUCCAAGUUGCUUCUCAGGACUGCUCCAAUUUGCCCACCGCACAACAGGUCCACAGCAGAUGCCAUCUUACUGGCUGUUCACUCAAUCCUGGAACAUCUGGACAGCAAAUAUGCAUGCAUCAGAAUUCUCUUCAUUGACUAGAGCUUGGUAUUCAAUACUAUUAUCUCCUCAAAUCUAAUCAAUAAGUGUUCAAGACCUUGCCCUCAAUACCUUCUUGAGCAAUUAGAUCCUCAAUUUCCUCACCUGCAGACUCCAGUCAGUUUGGAUUGGCAGCAUCUCCUCCGCAAUCUCCAUCAGUACAGGUGCACCACAAGGCUGUGUACUUAGCUCCCUGCCCUACUCACUUUAUACUUAUGACUGUAAGGCUAAGCACAGCUCUAAUAAAUUUGCUGAUGACGCCACUGUCAUUGGUCAAAUUAAAGGUGGUGAUAAGUCAGCAUAUG